AUGUCUUCCAAAGAAAAAUACACGGUCAUUCUACCAACCUACAAUGAAAGAAGGAAUCUACCUAUCAUCACUUGGCUCCUCAAUCGCACCUUCACGGAGAACAAACUUGACUGGGAAAUAAUCAUCGUCGACGACGGCUCCCCUGACGGCACCUUGCAGGCAAACUUGGACUGGGUACUGCAUUUCUCACACCACCCUAAAUUCAUUGCCCCAAUGAUCGAAAAACAGAAGACCGGCGACUACGACAUCGUGACUGGCACUCGAUACAGCGGGGACGGUGGAGUUUACGGCUGGGAUCUCAAAAGGAAGUUGGUUUCUAGAGGGGCGAACUUGUUUGCGGAUACGGUGCUCAGGCCAGGGGUCAGUGAUUUGACAGGGAGCUUCCGGCUAUACAAGAGGGCGGUGCUGGAGAGUGCGAUUGCCCAGACAGAGAGCAAAGGAUACACGUUUCAAAUGGAAUUAAUGGUCAGAGCGAAGGGUAUGGGAUAUAGAGUCGCGGAGGUGCCGAUUAGCUUUGUUGACCGAGUUUACGGAGAGUCCAAGCUAGGUGGAGAUGAAAUCGUUGAGUAUGCGAAGGGAGUUUUGAAUCUCUGGCUGAAGGUCUAA